AGGUUCUUGCUUUUUGUCAAUUGUAAAGAUUGGCCUCAAUCAUAAUCUGUUAUAAAUUUUUUUUAUUUUUUUAUUGCUUUAUUAUUCUAGAAUCUGUGACAUAGAUAUGUAUUUUGUUCUACAAUGCGUGCAGUUUUAUGAUCUCUUAAAUAUUUUUGAGCUUAAUGGACUUCCAUCAGAAGAGAAUCCUUAUCUAUUUAAUGGUGACUUUGUGGAUCGAGGGUCAUUCUCUGUGGAGGUCAUCCUCACACUUUUUGCAUUUAAAUGCAUGUCACCAUCAGCGAUAUAUCUUUCUAGAGGAAAUCAUGAGAGCAAGAGCAUGAACAAAAUAUAUGGUUUCGAGGGUGAGGUUAGGUCGAAGUUGAGUGAAACAUUCGUGGAGCUCUUUGCAGAAGUGUUCUGUUGUCUGCCUUUAGCUCACUUAAUAAAUGGGAAAAUUUUUGUGGUUCAUGGAGGUCUCUUUAGUGUUGAUGGCGUGAAACUCUCUGACAUUAAAGCAAUUGAUCGUUUCUGCGAGCCUCCUGAGGAAGGUAUAUGCAUGAACAAAUUUUAUAUACUGUUUUCUCCUGCGUUAUUAUUUUUCUUUUUCUCCUGAUAAACAACUAAAAUA